GUUGUGCAUCAUUUCCUCUAGAGGGCAGACAUUAAAGUGCAAUGAAGCAAAAUGCACCACCUAUGGGCAGGAAGCGCAGCUGCUGCAUAAACCUCCACGGAUCAGUGGGGUUCACAGCUGUGAGCUCUGCAGCGCUGAACACAGCUCCUUCAGGGCUGAUGAGAGAGGAGGCCUCCAGAAGCGUUGGGUCCUUAUCUCCUUCAGCAGAUGGGCUUCCCUCAUGUCAAAUGUGCCAGUGUGCGCAUGUUAUUGGUGCAUUACUCACACUGGCUGGUUCUUUCAGGGUUUAAUCGCUCGACGCUCCAUGCAUUUAGGCUCAGACAUUCACUGGGACCUCACGUCUACAGACAAUCCAAGGAUGAGUGGCGCCACAGGAAGCGACGUCCAAGCUGCAAUGACUCUAAAAGGAUGCUCUCAUGUUUAAAUGUAGCUGUUUUCCUUGUCUUGGCCACGAGUGCUCAGUCGACCGGUGGCCCCUGCCUCUGCUCCGCCGUCCGGCCCGCUGGUCUGAGGGUCAACUGCAGCACUUUGAGCCUGGUGGAAGUGCCUCCUCUGCCCCCGGACACGGUGCAGCUGUAUGUGCAGGACAGCGGGCUCACCUCGGUGCCUCCAGGCCACUUUGACAGGCUGGUGCAUCUGAGGGCGGUCUCGCUGUCUGGAAACCCCUUCCACUGCGGCUGCAGGAUUCAGUACCUGAGGAACUGGCUGCUGAAGAACCGGGCCAUUGUUGUGGGGGAGCCGCUGUGCGCCAGCCCGGGCCCGGUGGCUCAGACGGCCAUCGCCCGACUCGCCGACGACCACUUCGCCUCCUGCGCGGCGCCGAGCUGCCUCGACGGGCCGUACGACAGCUUGAUGGGGGCGGCGCUGUGCUGCGUCAUUGGCCUGCUGGUGUGGAGCUUCAGACUGGCCAGGAGGUCCACAUUCACUCUGCGCAUAGAUGAGAGACAUGCAGAGUUUGAGGCAGACUCGUUACGCUCGCUGAAGCCCAAACACAGGAGGCGGCUGCACACGGUGCUGCCACAGGUCAGUGACCCGGAAAGAACUGAGCUGCUACCUCAAGUACCGGACGCGCUGCCCAGGAAGGACCAUGUGAAGAUGAAGGCUUCAUGAGGGACCUGUCUGCUGAGAUCAGACAUCACUCAAUCACUACACAAGAACCAAGGCUGUACAAAAACAGCUGUUCUCCUGAAAUGUGUCACCAUUUUGUGCAUCUUAAACAUGUGAUCACAGACAUGCAGCAGAAUAAACAUCAGCCAUUUCAUAUUGA